UUGAUCUGGGAAAUGUCAGAUUCCUCCCCCUUCUCCUCCUCCUCCUCUCCCUUCCUCUCCUUGCAGGGUUCAGGCUGAUGUAUGCAGUCUGUUAUAGAGUAAAAACAGCGCAUGCCUUCCUGAGAUCCGAAUCCAUAAAAAAUCCUGGCGUCGCCCGUGCAUCUUCCAUGUCUCUGCCAAUAAUCGAUGUGUGCACCUCCCUCUUUCACGCCUAAGGCGCCGAAGUUGCGAUGGUCAUUCUGCUCCGGAGCCCCAUGGAGAAACUACGGAUUCUUAUCCUCAUUACGGCCGGAUGGGCAGAAGACCUGACCGCUUGCUGAAAGAGAGCCCCGGGGAAAAUAUUAUUAUUAUUACCUAAAUGAGCUCGCUUUAAGACUUCGAGACCCAACACCGGAGGCGUUGAUCAAUAUGUCACAGGGCGAGUCGGACGCGGUGGUGGUCCUUUCUUAAGAUAAGCAGCAGUUUGACCUUGAACCCGAGGCCAGUUGAAACAGCUGAUUACUUUCCUGAAAAAAAAUAUUGUUGCUGUUGAUGGAUUAAAAAGCAAGAACAUUUCCCUCCCCUCAAUGUAACUGCAAGCGGUGGAGUGGAAGCAGGUUUUUUUUCCCUUUCUUCUUUCUUUCUUUCUUUUUUUUCCUGGAAGAAAAGGGGAGAAAAUCUUGGUUCUGGUCACCUACAUUACAGUUUUGCUGCAAAAAAGGGAUUCUCCUCCUCCUCCCCCCUCCUCCUUCCUUCCCUCCCCCUCUCCCUCCCUCCCCCUCAUUCCUGAUGGCUCCCUUAGGUGAAGUUGGGAACUAUUUCGGUGUACAAGAUGCGGUACCCUUUGGGAAUGUGCCCGUGUUGCCAGCGGAUAGCCCGGUCUUGUUAAGCGACCACCUGGGGCAGUCCGAAGCAGGUGGACUACCCAGGGGACCUGCCGUGACGGACCUAGACCAUUUGAAAGGGAUCCUGAGGCGGAGACAGCUCUACUGCAGGACUGGAUUUCAUUUAGAAAUAUUCCCCAAUGGUACGAUCCAAGGAACCAGGCAAGACCACAGCAGAUUUGGUAUCCUGGAAUUUAUCAGUAUAGCAGUGGGCCUGGUCAGCAUUCGAGGGGUAGACAGUGGACUUUAUCUUGGAAUGAAUGAGAAAGGGGAACUGUAUGGCUCGGAAAAAUUAACCCAGGAGUGUGUGUUCAGAGAACAAUUUGAAGAGAACUGGUAUAACACAUAUUCAUCGAACCUAUAUAAGCACGUGGACACUGGAAGACGAUAUUACGUUGCAUUAAAUAAAGAUGGGACUCCGAGAGAAGGGACUAGGACUAAACGGCAUCAGAAAUUCACACAUUUUUUACCUAGACCAGUGGACCCAGAGAAAGUCCCUGAACUAUAUAAGGAUAUUUUAAGCCAAAGUUGACAAAGACGUUUACUUCACUUGAGCCCUUAAAAAAAAAAAAGUAACCACUAUAAAAGGUUUCAUGCGGUGGGUUCUUAAUUGAUUAGCUGUGUCAUCACAUCAGCUCCACUGUUGCCAAACUUUGUCGCAUGCAUAAUAUAUGAUGGAGGCUUGGAUGGAACAUGCUGAUUUUGUUCUGCACUUAAAAGGGUUUGUCUUCCUGGAGGAGAGCCUAUGCCCGUCGCUUGAUUUAUUAUGGGAGAAAGGAAGGGGAGAGUGAGGAUGUGUGAGAGUGAAACAGAAAGGAUGAAAGAGAGGAGAUGAAGCAGGAAGGAAGGAAAGGGGGGAGAUGGCCAGAUGCAUGCUGGGAAAUAGGCACGCUUUUAAAUUUUUUGAUCCGUUGUACUUCAUUCUAUAACAGCAUAGCUCCCAUACUUUCAUCAGGAAUAUUGGCUGGUGGCCUGCUCAAGUUGUACGCUGCAUUUAAAGAAAAAAAAAGGCAUGGAGGGUACUUACUUAAACAAACAAACAAAAGGGACUUACUUUCAGUUUGACUGCUCAAGCAGGAGUCGCCCCUUGCUGAGUUUCAAGCAAACACCUCUUAGGUAAAACAAGAAAAGAUGGAAAAAAAAAAAGCUAAAUUUAUUUAUAGAAAUUCCAAAGGCAACAUUUUAUUUAUUUUAUAUAUUUAUUUAUUAUAUAGAGUUUAUUUUUAAUGAAAUAUGUACAGGCCAUAUAGGCAGUUUGGAAGCUUUAGGCUCUGUCAAGCAUUUCAGCAGUGAAGGCCGCUAUGAACCUGUGAUAAAAUUCAUGCAAGUCAAACGUAAAAAGGUGCAUGGAGACAAAGAGAAAUCCUGUGACCCCCCCCCAAUGUACUAAAGGCAACAAUCUCUUUUGUGCCCAUAUUAUUGUAAAAGUAUGCACACCACUCAUGACACUGAGUGCUCACUCUUCCGACUGCUUGUUUCAUAGCUUAAACUUCCCCCUCCCUCCCUGAGGAUUAAAGAUAAAACUGGGUCUUCAAAACUUUAAUUCUGUGUCUGUAAUAUUUCCUCUUUGAUAAGUGACUUAUUCCAUCUUUGUAAGCUUCACAGUUGUGAAAGAAAAAAAAAGAAGGGUUGGUAUAUAUUUUACUUGUUAAAACCUACUGCAGACAAUACCAAAGCUACAUGAUAAAUAUGCUCUUUUUAUUUAAAGCAAAAUGCCAGAAACAUCCUAAUAUUGACAUUUUGUACUAAUUAAGGUUCUCAUAAACUAGUACAAGAGGCCAGGGACAAGGUUCACUCUUGUAAAACUUGUUUAACUGUGCACUUGACUAUCUACUCUGAAAUUACACAAGUUCCAUAGGGGUUAUUAUUGUAACAUCUUUUAUGGGGGAAAAUGCUUUCAGUGUGAACUGUCAUAAUACAUAUUAGCACCCUUCUUAAAGUAAGACUCUUGCAAAAUGAAACUAAUAAAUCUGUAUUGAGAAUUGCAAUGAGGGGGAAAGUACUAUACUUGUUUUAUUUCCUAGAGCUGUCUUUCAAAUGUUCCUGAAAUAUGCUAUGCAGGAUCCCCUACAUGAAAUGUAUCAUUAGGGUUACAUAACAUUGUAAGUGCAACCACACCUUUUAGUUAGUAGGUAUAAUUUGGGAUUCUCCCCUAGAAAAAGAGGCGUUGUCAUUAACCCUCAGAACAAGAAGUGGAAGUACUGAUAGCAGCAGCACCAUAUGUUGCUUCUAUUAAAAAGAUACAUGUAAUUGUGCAAUUUGGGCUCAGAUCCACAUGGGUUUUGUUGUUGCCUGGGUUCUGUUUAGCGAGGACUGUUGUUCAUUUCCUUCCAUUUAAGCAAACAUGCUUUGCACAGGAGAACAGAAAUCUGCUUCAUACUGAUCUUGGUCCAUCUAGCACAGUAUUGUCAACACCAACUGGUUCAAAGUUGCAGUUUUUCUUGCCCUACCUGGAGAUGUCAGAUAUUGAACCUUUGGCAUGAAAAGCAUGUGCUCUACCAUUGAACUACAAGCUCUCCUCCCUACCGUUCAGUCAAUGGUUAAAGUAAUGGAAGAGAUGUUUCUGAUAUUGAUAAGGUGGCACUCCAAAAGUAACUUGCCAUAGAAUAGCAAACUGGCACUUGUCGUCUUAUGUUCAAUUUCUGUUGAAAUAAGUGUCAGUUCUGAAACCACAUAUUGUAUCUUGGGCUUCUAGGUGGAAAUAUUAGCAUGAAAACAAGCAAGCUGUUCCAACACUGAAGCGUCAUCCUCCCUUACAAUAAAAUUGGAGCCUUAUGCACAACAAGACUUAACUGUUUGGAAACAUACCAUAGAAAAUGAAUCCAGUAUUUCUUUACUUGAUUGUGCAAUUGUCUGUUGGAAAGAACUACAGUAUGUUCUAAAAUAGCAGAAUACAUAGGAUAAGUCCAUAUGUUGAGUUUUAAGGCAGAACAGCACAUUGCAUUUCA